ACAGCCCACCCGCCUUCUUCGCCUUCUGUCCCCGCCUUAGUCUCUCUUGCUUCCUCCAAUUAGAAUGCAAGGUGCUGCAACCAGCUCGCUGCCGUCGAGCUCCGAGAUUUCAUCGAGCUCAGCUCCCCAGAUGGAAGUCAGAGAUGAUGAGAGCGAUGAAGAGAUGAGAAGAGUGCCAGAGGUUGGAUAUGAGCAAGCCUUUCCCUCUAUUUCUGAUCGGAUGACAGAUGGUGGCAUUACCACAUGCUCUCUAUCCUCGGUUGUUUUUCCAACACAACGAAAAAGGGGGAAUAGCCCCGCCGAUAAGGAGAAACACCUCAAGAG